AUGGACUUUGACCGAACCCGCAUGAAGCGCCGCGGCCACGGCAAGUACGAGCCGCUGCCCCCGCAGCUGCUGCCGCGCCUGUGGCUCGUCCUGGCCGACAACCCCAGCGACAGCGGCCGGGUGCACAGCGACGUCAAGCGGCGGUGGGUGGAGGGGGAUCCGGAGGUCCACGAGAAGAUGGCGCUGUUGGCGGCCUGCGCGGAGGAGGGCAGGGAGCUGUUUGGGGACGCGGCCCUGGGGGACCUCAACCUUCGCAUGAUCAACGCUGCGAGAUCGGUGGGCGCGGCGGCCAAAUUCACGGGCAGCGGUGGCGCGAUCGUGGCGUUCUGCCCGAUGGGGGAGGAGCAGGAAGUGCUGCUGCAAGACAUCUGUGCGGCGGAGGGCUUCACAGUGGUGGAGGUGCAGGUGGCACCCCCCACCAGCGAGCAGGGCUGA